CCCACCGUCCUGUCAGCGUCUCUCCUCCAGGAGAGAAAAAAGCUGUUCCACGUAAUGUUCGCAGACAGUUAUGAAGUGGAGACAAGGAGGAGCAGGGUGUGUCUGUAUUUCACGGUACAACAAUCGAGGCUCUUUAUUAACACUGAGAGAAUUUAUUUUUUUACCUCUCCGCCUGCUGGAUGUCCCUUCCCGCUUUCUCUCUCUUUCUUCAUUUUAACAUUUACUCUGAGCAGCGAGCGCGUGCAAUAUGUUUGACCACUGCUCCAAGGUGACUCAGAACAGAAGGGAAACCACAGCGUUUACUCUGCAUUCAUAAAGCUCCAGGGUUUACUGAAGAACUGUCUGCUUGUCUUUAAGUAGACUUCUAACCAUCUGCGCUUCCUGCUCUGAUGCUUCUUCUUGCCUUCAGCUCUGAGGAUUAGAAAUUAAACCCUUUGGGCUUCUCUGCAUUUGAAAAAAGCUUGAUUUGAGUAUAAAUAUACAGCAAUGCAAAUGCCAUGGACAUGGAUCGUGUUCAUCUGUCUGAGUGGAAUAGUUUCAUCAGAACAAAACUUGGACUCUUGGCAUGACGUGGAUGCAUUAAUGGAAGUCUCCGCUGAGAUAUCUGAACUAGAAAUAGCACCCGUUCCUUCGCCAAGGAUCGACGCAGGGGUGACAGUGUCGGGUGCACACACUGCUGAAGAGAGUGCCAAUGAGCAUCUCCAAGCAAAUGCUGAGAAAGUGAUCAAGCAGGAAAAACAUGGCUCUGGAAACCUGGAGGCGAUCAGAAGAAGGAGAAGUGCCUGGGGGAAGAGGAAGCAUGCAGCCACAGUGGAGUCCAUCGCAUAUAGAAUAGCGGGUUUGGGGCGACCCGUUGGCGGCUGGAGAAAGCCUGGAAAAGGAGGGGAGGACAGCAACGCUCUUAUGGCUGCACUCAGGGAACUCCACGCUGAGAAGAAAAGGCUGAUGGAUCUCAGGAAAGCACGAGAGGAGGAGGAUGAUGAGGAGGAGGACGAUGACGAUGAAGACGACGAUGAAGACGACGAUGAAGACGACGACGAUGAUGAUGAAGAGGAGGAGGAAGAAGAAGAGGAGGAAGAAGAAGAAGAGGAAGAGGAGGAGGAGGAAGAAGAAGAAGAAGAAGCAGAGGAAGAACCGACUGAGUCGCCCAGCAAUCAAACAGAAACGUGUCAGAGCACUGAGAGAGAGAUCAGCUGCAGGGGCAUCGGCAUUACUCACCUGCCAAGUUUCCAAAAUCUUGAAGCCACGACGGUGGAUUUAGCAGAGAACAACAUCAGGAUCAUCACGGCACGAGCUUUCUCAGGCCUCCUGAACCUGGACAUGCUGGACCUGAGUCGAAACAUACUGGAUGAUGAAUCGUUCAGCCAAAACCCACUUUCUAACCUGACCUCUCUGAGGAAGCUGGAUCUGGAUGACAACCGCAUCACCGUGAUCCCGACGCUGCCUUCAUCUCUGGAGGAGCUCAAAAUCAAAAACAAUAAGCUGAGUGGACUCACACCGCACUGCUUCAAAGGUUUGAUGAAUCUCCUGAAGCUAGAGCUGGGAGGAAAUGCUCUUCACAAAGCUAGUGUGUCCCCUCCAGCUUUUAGGCCGCUACAGAGACUUCUUGACCUCCAGCUGAGCAACAAUCACUUCCGGUCGCUACCACUGAACCUUCCUCCCUCUCUUCAGACGCUGCAAAUGAAUGAAAAUCUAAUUGAGGAGCUGACAGAGGAAGCGCUGAGGGGCUGCAUUCAUUUGAGAGUGCUCGAACUCAGGCACAACCGUCUGCAUGAGCAAGACAUCGCUACCCACGCAUGGACGCGUCUUAAGUCCUUGGAAGCCUUGGAUCUAUCUCACAACCUGUUCACUUCCGUUCCUCUAAACCUGCCGCGCCCUCUUCGUAAUCUGACCCUCCAGCACAACAGCAUCAGUCACAUCCCGGCCUUCACGUUCCGUCACCUGCGGCCCGGCCUGCGGUCCCUGUGUCUGUCCCACAAUGACCUGAGCAACGACGCUAUAGAACAGUUCUCUUUUGUUGGAUCUUACCGCUCGCUGAGCGAGCUCCUAUUGGACCACAAUCGCCUCGGAGAAGUUCCUCGCUGCAUCCGGCAGUUUAAAAACCUGCAGGUGCUGAGACUGAGCAACAAUCAGAUCAGGCUGGUGAGGCAGUGGAGCGUGUGCCACCCUCGCAAUUCGGGCUCCUUGGCUUCAGUCCACCUCGAAAACAAUCUGCUGGAAGUCGAGAAGAUUCCCCCAAACGCUUUCUCCUGUCUCACUGACCCUCAGGGCCUUGUUCUACAUCCGCAGCAGUGGUCUGACUGAUAGGACAGACAUACGGGAACAUUUCUUCUCCCACGUUUGCAUCACCCUGUAAUGAUGCAGUGUUUGCAGAAAAAACAUUUUCACCAUGUAUGUUGCUUAGUAAGCUGCAGCUUUCAUUAUAUCAUCUCUAAAGCCAUUUUCCUCUCACAUCUUUGAUCAUUUCAGUAUGUAAUAAAGCAAAUAUGUUCUUGACAUUGUGCUUAAAAUAACUAAUGUUGUAAAAGUUGCUUUUUAUAUUGUAACAGUUGCAUUGCAAUCAGAAUGCACAUAAAGCACAAGUUUUGUCUUUUCAUUAAGGGAUUUGAUACUUUGGGAAACUAAAGCAAAGAAAAGGAUUAACCUGUGUCUCUAGCCUGAGGUACUUACAGUAGUCUGAGCUCAACUAUUUAAUUAGUGG